AUGAGGCGCUGGGAAAACGUCUCCACGCCCGGACGUGCUCACACCACCCGUGAGGGAGAAGCAGCAGAGACACGGAGCCAAAGUGACAACGUCCCGCCCCAGAAGGAAGCCAGGCCAGAGGCAGCCGCCCCACAGCCCCGCGGCUCCCUCCUGAGCUGCAGCCACCGUCCCCUGCGCAGAGAUGGCUCCAGCAGCAAGGCCCAACUGGACUCCCCCUUGGUGCCCCACACGGAAUCCCCCACGCCCAGCAUCCGUAACCAGCGGCUCUGUGACAUCAGCCCCGGGGCCGAGGUGCUGUGGGCAGCGGCGAGCUGCGGGCGCCAGCUCAAGGCUUCUUCCUCUGGGCCGUUGCGCGUCGUGGGUGGCACAAAUGCGGCUCCGGGGACCUGGCCCUGGAUCGUCAGCCUCCAGCGCCCCUGGGGAAAACGCACCAAGCAUUUCUGUGGAGGGUCCCUCAUCAACCCACAGUGGGUGCUCACAGCAGCCCACUGCUUUGACAAGUUCAGGAAAAUCGCCAAGUGGCGCGUGGUGAUCGGGACCACAAAGUUGUCUCAGCUGGGCCCCGAGGCCCAAGUGCGACGCAUCAAGUGGCUGCUGCGUCACGAGGCCUACUGGCAGGCCACAGCUGAGAAUGACAUUGCUGUGCUGGAACUGGACCAGCCCAUCCAGUGCAAUGAGCACGUCCAGCUGGCCUGUUUGCCUCAACCCGAUGACGUGAAGCUGUCGGAGCUGAAAAACUGCCAGGUGGCUGGUUGGGGAUCCACAGUUGCACGAUCCACAGAACCAGAAAUAUCCGAUGUGCUGCAGGAGGCCAAGGUUCACCUCAUCGAUACCAAGCUCUGUAACAGCAGCCAGUGGUACACAGGGGCUGUGCACAGCUACAACCUGUGUGCCGGGUACCCACAGGGUGGUAUCGACACCUGCCAGGGUGACAGUGGUGGUCCCCUCGCCUGCCAAGACAGCCACGCUGACUACUACUGGGUCGUUGGACUGACCAGCUGGGGGAAAGGCUGUGCAAGAGAAAAACAGCCUGGGAUCUACACCAGCACUCGGCACUUUUAUAACUGGAUCCUGGAGCACAUGGGACGGCACCAAGAAGAGGCAGCAGCUCCUCCACUGUCACAGCCUGUGUCCACCUCAGCCCCCUCUCAGACACCAAGGCCAGGUGCAACACAACCAGGCAGCUCCACGUCCUGUGCCUUUGCAUGCCGGAAGGCGAUGAAGUUCCUCAGUUUGCUGCGGGGGCUCCUGCGGUUCCUGAUGGGAAGAGGGGCUUGA